UAUAUAUUGCGGGUGAGAAGAAACUGAGUCAUUCAUGUGGAAAGCAAGCAAACAGUAGGAUCCUAUAGAUUUGGGAACUCAUCAUCCCCUUUCUCUUUAACACCUUCAAAGCAUUAAGAGCUUAGAGUUCAAUGGUUUCUAGGGAGCACAAGAGAGCAGGACUGCACGAGAAACUACAACUUCUUCGUUCCAUUACUAACUCUCAUUCUAUGAAAAAAGCAUCAAUUAUAGUAGAUGCAUCGAAGUACAUCGAAGAGCUAAAACAAAAAGUAGAAAGACUGAAUCAAGAUAUAACAGCUGCAAAAACUUCAAAUAAUCGAAAUCCUUUGCCUAUGCAGGUUACAGUGGAAACCCUAGAAAAGGGUUUUCUGAUAAAUAUAUUUUCAGAAAAGAGCUGCCCAGGUCUGCUUGUUUCUGUACUGGAAGCUUUUCAAGACCUGGGUCUUAAUGUUCUGGAAGCUAGGGUUUCUUGCACUGACAGUUUUCGAUUACAAGCUGUUGGGGGUGAAAAUGAAGAACAAAGUGAAAAUAUUGAUGCACAAGUGGUGAAACAAGCAGUGUUGCAAGCUAUUAAGAACUGGAGUGAAAGUAGUGAUGAACAGGAGUAAUUAGAAUGGAUAUUUUUGUUGUUAUAUAUCCAUUAACACUUUGUUACUUGCAUGCAUAUUUUUCUUUCAAAAUGUAGGGUAAGGGUUUUAAUCGGCAAUAAUGUUGUUUAAUCAAAAAGUUGAGGUUAAUUUCCAUUCCUUGAACAACAUUCAUGAUCAUAUAUUAAAAAGAAGAAAAAGAAAAAGGCUAAGAUGAGUAACAUCCUCA